CUCUGUUUGACCUCAAAACCGCCGAUAGUUACAUCAUAUACAGAGAGAGAAAAAAUCGAUAGAAAGCGAGAGAGAUUUGCUUUGAUUUCUUUUUGGUUUUGUUGUAUGUAUCAGUAAUUUCCACUUUCUUCUCCAAUCUUGUUUGGUCUCUGGGAAUCAUUAUUUCAAUUCCAAAAUGAAUUUUUGAUCUCGUAUUUGAUUUUCUCGAGAAAGUUGCAAAUUGCAAGUUUUUCUCGGCAUGAUUUGAUCGGUAAACGGUCAGAUUAGGUGAUGAAACAAACAAAUUGCUCGUGAAAUUUAGGUUAAUUUUUUGAUACGGAAAGAUGAGAGGAGUGAACAAUACUUCGGAGAUUAUUAACGCUGCAGCGAGUGCGAUCGCCUCAGCUGAGAAUCGUGUGCCUCAAGCUUCAGUUCACAAGAGAAGAUGGGGAAGCUGGUGGAGAAUAUAUUGGUGUUUCGGAUCUCAUAAAAACACUAGCAAGCGAAUUGGGCAUGCUGUCCUUGUUCCUGAAACAACUGCCCCUGGAGCAGAGGUUCCUGCGGCUGAAAAUCCAACCCACGCAUCUCUCAUAAUACAUCCCUUUGUUGCACCACCUUCCUCUCCUGCAUCUUUCUUUCAAUCAGAACCUCCUUCUGUUACCCAAUCACCAGCUGGCUUACUGUCACUCACCUCUAUAUCUGCCAAUAUGUACUCCCCGGGUGGGCCUGCCUCUAUUUUUGCUAUUGGCCCUUAUGCACAUGAGACCCAGUUAGUCUCACCCCCAGUGUUCUCAACCUUCACCACAGAACCAUCGACUGCUCCCUUUACUCCUCCUCCCGAGUCCAUCCAAUUGACAACACCUUCCUCACCUGAGGUGCCAUUUGCGCGGCUUCUUGACCCCAACCACCAAAAUGAUGAAGCCGGUCAGAGAUUCCCUUUCUACCACUAUGAAUUCCAAUCUUAUCAACUUUACCCUGGAAGCCCGGUCAGCCAUUUGAUAUCACCAAGCUCGGGCAUCUCCGGUUCUGGCACCUCGUCGCCUUUUCCUGAUCGUGAGUUUGUUCCUGGUGGCACUCACUUCCUUGAGUUCCGCACUGGCAACCCUCCUAAGCUCUUGAAUCUUGACAAGCUGUCCCCCCAUGAAUGGGAUUCACGACAAGGAUCUGGUUCUUUGACCCCAUACGCUGUGGGGCCUAGAUCUCGUGAUAGUUUUCUUCAAAAUUCUGAUGUCACUCCAUUUGCAAAUUCAUUCACGGGAUGGCGGAAUGAUAAAACUGUUGUUGAUCAUAGAGUUUCUUUUGAGGUAACUGCAGAAGCUGUUAGAUGUGUGGAAAAUAAGCCAGCAUAUUUGUCAGAGGCUGUAUCAGCAUCUCUAGACAAUGCAGUUCUUGCUGCUAAAAGAGAUGAAAAUUCAAGUGAAAUGCCUAAUGGUCAUAACUGCCCAGCUGGUGAAGCAUCAGACAUCACCCCAGAGAGAGCUUCUGUAGAUGGAGAGGAUGGACAGCAGCAUCACAAGCAUCGUUCAUUAACUCUCGGGCCUGUCAAAGAAUUCAACUUUGACAAUACAGAUGGAGGAAAUUCUGAUAAACCUAAUAUUGGCUCCAACUGGUGGGCCAAUGGGAAGGUUCUUGGGAAGGAGGCCGACGCAACCAAGAAUUGGAACUUCUUUCCGAUGAUGCAGCCAGGUGUCAGCUAACUUGUCCGAAUCUGCUUCUGCUUCAAUGGAGCAUGUAAGAAAUUUGUGGUUUGGCUUCAAUUUUCCAAACUCGGCAAGAAGCAUCUUGGCAAUUUGUGAAAUCAAAGUAUAGAAAUCUACCGGGCUCUAGAUUUGAAGGGUUUCGUUGCUGGACUGACCAAUAUAUGAAGGCUCUUCUUUGAGCACUUCCUGACCUAGAAAAAGAAAAGGCGAGGUGGGAAUAUGUUGGGAUUAAUAUCGACAGUUCAUUGCUUUUCUUUACUUUAGGACAAAGCAUAGAAAGUUAGAAACUAACAGCACUUCUAUAUAUAGUCAUUUGUAAUCUUUCCUCGUGUAAUAUGUCUAUAUGUAUGAUUCAUAGAACAAGGGUAGCAGUGAUGUUGAUGAUGGAACAUUUUAGGCAAAUGUUUUGUGAUUUGAAUAACGGUCUUUUUUCUGAGUU